AAACACACACAUAUAAAGGAGUAGGAACGGACAGAGGACUGGAAAACGAAGAGCAAUCCAACCAUUCACUUUCUUCAAUUUUCUUUUCCUUGUUCUCAUUCUUAGAACCCAUGACUUUUGCCAAAAUAAAUUUGGGAUUUAUUUUCAAAACUCAUGAUUUGCCUUAAAUUUUGCUCAUAUUUUGGCCAAAUCCCAAAUCACAAAAUCAACUAUUGAGCUGAUUUUGGGCUAAAAUAUGACAGUUACAGUUUUUAAAAUUCUAAAUAUUACCCCAAACUUUUAUAUUUUAUAAAAGAGCCCACAUUUAGUACGCCCAACUAAAUCAUAUGGGCUCACUUGCCUCUCAUUAAACUCACGCAUCUGCUUUUUGCUCUAUAAACGGAAGAGAACUCCACAUCAAAUUCUCUAUGCCAAUCAAUUGCAAUCCACAACAAAUAAGAAAUUUGAAGUUGUGUUUGGUUGAAAUUGGGGUCUUGGGUUGGAUGGAAAAGUUACUCUUUUCAGCCCAGAUGCUUAUGACGUUAUGCACUUUGGAUUUUUGGAAGCAGGCACAACUCAAAAAAUAAUUUCUUUCCCUUUUGUAUAGCAUCUUUAUGCUUUAUUUUUUUGUAUCAUUCGACUGAUGCAGCUAAUGUUUUGGCCUUGCUUUUAAAGUUUUGUAAUGCUCAUAAUACCUGAAGCUGGUUUUGAGAUUUCCGACGAGAAUUUUGUGACUCUGCCUCUACCGGUUAAUAGGAAACGAAAAAGAAUAAAUAAACCGCGUGGUUCAAUUGAUAAACCACGUGGUGCUGCUGCUGAUAAAUGGACAGAUGAUGAAACGUCAAUCCUCAUAAAUGUCCUACAUGAUGAUGCGAGGAAGCACGGGUUUAGUGGUUCUACCCUCAGUGGUCCACGUUGGACAGAAAUUAACGAUGAGUUUUUGAUGAAAAUUAGAAAUGUGGAUAGGUUUGACGAUGAGCAAAUUAAGUCCAAGGUUGGAAGAUUAAAGAGAGAGACAAAAACCUUCAAGGAGCUCCUUAAUUCUUGCUCCGGGUACGGAUGGGACCCUAUAACUAACACAGUUACUUGUCCAUCUGACACUUGGGCGAAUCAUGUGAAUCAAAAGAAAGAGAAGAAUGUUUAUAUUUCCAAGUACAGAUACCAAGGGCUUAAAGAUUUUGACUUACUGGAUGAGAUAUUUGGGAAUUCAUUUGCCACGGAAAACCAUGUUAUGUACAGUACAAAUCCUAAUUUUUCAGGAAUAUGGUUUGUGAUAAUGAUAAUGAAUGUUAUUGAUGAAGGUUCUGUAUAUACAAGAUAUCAAGUUUGUUUGUUUGGUACUGUUGGGUAUUUUUGAUAAUUUUUAGAAC